AUGGCGGAUCCAGCAGCACCCGCGCCCGCAGUCCCGGCUCCCCCCCCGGGCCCAGACACGGGCCCCGACGCAGCCCCCGCCCCGGCCCCGGCGCCCGCCCCGGACUCGGCCUCCGGGCCGUCCUCGGACUCCGGUCCCGAAGCCGGCUCGCAGCGGCUGCUGUUCUCUCACGACCUUGUGUCGGGCCGUUACCGCGGCUCGGUGCACUUCGGGCUGGUGCGCCUCAUCCACGGCGAGGACUCGGACUCGGAGGGCGAAGAGGAGGGCCGCGGGAGCUCGGGCUGCUCCGAGGCGGGGGGCGCGGGCCACGAGGAGGGCCGGGCCAGCCCGCUGCGCCGCGGCUACGUGCGCGUCCAGUGGUACCCGGAGGGCGUCAAGCAGCACGUGAAGGAGACCAAGUUGAAACUAGAGGACCGCUCCGUGGUGCCCCGGGAUGUGGUCCGGCACAUGCGCUCCACUGACAGCCAGUGUGGCACGGUGAUCGACGUGAACAUCGACUGUGCCGUGAAGCUCAUUGGCACCAACUGUAUCGUCUACCCCGUCAACAGCAAGGACCUGCAGCACAUCUGGCCCUUCAUGUAUGGGGACUACAUUGCCUAUGACUGCUGGCUGGGGAAGGUCUACGACUUGAAGAACCAGAUCAUCCUCAAGCUGUCCAACGGUGCCAGGUGCUCCAUGAACACAGAGGAUGGUGCCAAGCUCUACGAUGUCUGCCCGCACGUCAGCGACUCUGGUCUCUUCUUUGAUGAUUCCUACGGCUUCUACCCAGGCCAGGUGCUCAUUGGCCCUGCCAAGAUCUUCUCCAGUGUCCAGUGGCUGUCAGGGGUCAAGCCCGUGCUCAGCACCAAGAGCAAGUUCCGCGUGUUGGUCGAAGAGGUGCAGGUUGUGGAGCUGAAGGUCACGUGGAUUACCAAGAGCUUCUGUCCAGGGGGCACGGACAGCGUCAGCCCCCCGCCCUCUGUCAUCACCCAGGAAAACCUAGGCAGGGUGAAGCGUCUCGGAUGCUUUGACCAUGCUCAGCGGCAGCUCGGGGAGCGCUGUCUAUAUGUCUUCCCAGCCAAGGUAGAGCCGGCCAAGAUUGCCUGUGAAUGUCCAGAAAAACACUGCGCCCAGGGGGAGGGCUCUAUGGCCAAGAAGGUGAAGCGCCUCCUCAAGAAGCAGGUUGUGAGGAUCAUGUCCUGCUCCCCGGACUCCCGGUGCUCCAGGGACCAUGCCGUGGAGGACACAGGCAAGAAGGGGGCGGCCAAAGCCAAGAGCGAAGCAGGGUCCGCCAGCCCCGAGGAGACGCCUGAUGGGUCUGCCAGCCCCGUGGAGAUGCAGGACGAGGGCCCCGAGGAGGCCCACGAGGGGGGCGAGCAGCUGCCCCCCUUCCUGCUGAAGGAGGGCGGGGAUGACCGGCUGCACUCGGCCGAGCAGGACGCCGAUGACGAGGCCGCCGACGACACAGACGACAGCAGCUCGGUGACCUCCUCCGCCAGCUCCACCACCUCCUCCCAGAGCGGCAGUGGCGCAGGUCGCAGGAAGAGCAUCCCCUUGUCCAUCAAGAACUUAAAGCGGAAACACAAGCGGAAGAAGAAUAAGAUCAGUCGUGACUUCAGGCCAGGGGACAGGGUGGCGGUGGAGGUGGUGACCACGAUGACCUCAGCAGACGUGAUGUGGCAGGACGGCUCCGUGGAGUGCAACGUCCGCUCCAACGACCUCUUCCCUGUGCACCACCUGGACAACAACGAGUUCUGCCCUGGAGACUUCGUGGUGGACAAGCGAGUCCAGAGCUGUCCGGACCCUGCUGUCUACGGCGUGGUGCAGUCUGGGGACCACGUGGGCCGCACCUGCAUGGUGAAAUGGUUCAAGCUGCGGCCGAGUGGGGACGACGUGGAGCUGAUUGGAGAGGAGGAAGAUGUGAGCGUCUACGACAUUGCCGAUCACCCUGACUUUCGGUUCCGCACGACCGAUAUUGUUAUCCGAAUUGGCAACACUGAGGAUGGAGGGCCUCACAGGGAGGAUGAGCCGUCAGUUGGCCAGGUGGCCCGCGUGGACAUCAGCAGCAAGGUGGAGGUGGUGUGGGCUGAUAACUCAAAGACCAUCAUCCUGCCCCAGCACCUGUACAACAUCGAGUCUGAGAUCGAGGAGUCAGACUAUGACUCGGUAGAAGGCAGCACCAGUGGGGCGUCCUCGGAUGAGUGGGAGGAUGACAGUGACAGCUGGGAGACGGACAAUGGGCUGGUGGAGGACGAGCACCCCAAGAUAGAGGAGCCCCCCAUCCCAGCCGCCGAGCAGCCAGCGGCCCCUGAGGAGGACAAGGGAGUGGUGAUCAGCGAGGAGGCUGCCACGGCCGCCAUCCAGGGAGCCGUGGCCAUGGCCACCCCUGUGGCUGGGCUGAUGGAGAAGGCUGGCAAGGAUGGGCCCCCGAAGAGCUUCCGGGAGUUGAAAGAGGCCAUCAAGAUCCUGGAGAGCCUCAAGAACAUGACCGUGGAGCAGCUUCUGACAGGCUCGCCCACCUCCCCCACGGCGGAGCCGGAGAAGCCGACGCGGGAAAAGAAGUUUCUGGACGACAUCAAGAAGCUGCAGGAAAACCUCAGGAAGACCCUGGACAACGUGGCCAUCGCAGAGGAGGAGAAGAUGGAGGCGGUGCCGGACACCGAGCGCAAGGAGGACAGGCCCGAGGCGCAGUCGCCCGUGAAGGCCGAGUGGCCCAGCGAGACCCCGGUGCUCUGCCAGCAGUGCGGCGGCAAGCCCGGGGUCACCUUCACCAGCGCCAAGGGCGAGGUCUUCUCGGUGCUGGAGUUCGCGCCCUCAAAUCACUCUUUUAAGAAAAUUGAGUUCCAGCCUCCAGAAGCCAAGAAGUUCUUCAGCACGGUGCGGAAGGAGAUGGCCCUGCUGGCUACCUCGCUGCCCGACGGCAUCAUGGUCAAGACCUUCGAGGACAGAAUGGACCUCUUCUCGGCCCUAAUCAAGGGCCCCACUCGCACCCCCUACGAGGACGGCCUCUACCUGUUUGACAUCCAGCUCCCCAACAUCUACCCAGCUGUGCCCCCCCACUUCUGCUACCUCUCCCAGUGCAGUGGCCGUCUGAACCCCAACCUGUAUGACAAUGGGAAGGUGUGCGUCAGCCUCCUGGGCACCUGGAUUGGAAAGGGGACAGAGAGGUGGACGAGCAAAUCCAGCCUUCUCCAGGUGCUCAUCUCCAUCCAAGGUCUAAUCCUGGUGAAUGAACCGUACUACAACGAAGCCGGCUUUGACAGCGACCGCGGCCUACAGGAGGGCUAUGAGAACAGUCGCUGCUACAACGAGAUGGCGCUCAUCCGCGUGGUGCAGUCCAUGACCCAGCUGGUGCGGCGGCCGCCCGAGGUCUUCGAGCAGGAGAUCCGGCAGCACUUUGGUACUGGCGGCUGGCGGCUGGUGAACCGCAUUGAGUCCUGGCUGGAAACCCACGCCCUGCUGGAGAGGGCCCAAGCGCUGCCCAACGGGCUUCCCAAGGACAGUAGCUCGCCAGAGCCGCCAGCUGUGGCCGAGCUCUCAGACUACGGCCGAGAAGAACCUGAGGACGGAGGGCUGGCCCCUGGAGAGGCCUCCCAGGGCUCAGACUCGGAGGGUGGCGCGCAGGGCCCGGCCUCAGCCAGCAGGGACCGCACAGACCAGACUUCGGAGGCAGCGCCUGACGCCUCAGUGCCACCCAGUGUCAAACCAAAGAAGCGGAGAAAGAGCUACCGGAGCUUCUUGCCUGAGAAGAGUGGCUACCCUGACAUCGGCUUCCCCCUCUUCCCGCUUUCUAAGGGUUUCAUCAAGAGCAUCCGGGGGGUCCUGAUGCACUUCCGGGCUGCUCUGAUGGAGGCGGGCAUGCCCGAGAGCCUGGAGGACAAGUAG